UCCGCACAAGUGUUCAGUCUCCGCGGGCAUCUGGAGCUCACACAACAUCCGAGGAGAGCAUUCUGUGCGGCGUCUGUGUAGUGUUGUGUGACCGAGAGUCGAUGAUGCGUGAGAGGAGACGUUUCGAAUGGUGAAAAGGCGCCCAAUUAUGAACGGAUUUUUGGAAAUUGCCCACUGAGUGCAAGAUGCGGUGCCAAGUGCCUUUGACUGUGUUUGUUCUGUGCGUUUUUGGACACGCUGGCGGCCAGGAGGCCGAUAUCACGCCGGUCAUAGGCCGGAAGGGGACGAGGUGCUAUGACAAGUUCAAUAAGCCUCAGAGGUGUAUACCUGAGUUCGAGAAUGCAGCUUUCAACGUUUUAAUGGAGGCGACGAAUACGUGUGGAGAGCAUGGCAAGACGGAAUAUUGCGUUCAGUCGGGAGUAACAGGACUCAGGAAAUCUUGCGAAGUGUGUUACCCCAACGACCACCAAGCCAGAUACCUCACUGAUUUUCACAACCAGGACCAGCCCACGUGGUGGCAGUCCGAGACGAUGUAUGAAGGGAUCCAGUUCCCUAAUCAAGUGAAUCUGACGCUUAAACUGGGAAAAGCGUUCGAUAUUACCUAUGUAAGACUGUGGUACUACUCGCCGAGGCCUGAGAGUUUUUCGAUUUUCAAAAAAACGGCGGAGAAUGGGAGCUGGAUUCCCUACCAAUAUUACAGUGCGACAUGCCGGGACACCUACGGUCUUCCAGACACCCAGCACACAACACGUGGGGAAGAAACUAGAGCCCUUUGCACGUCCGAAUAUUCGGAUAUCUCGCCCCUGCGUGGUGGAAACGUUGCGUUUUCCACGCUAGAAGGCAGGCCAUCUGCUUACAAUUUCGAAGCUAGUCCUGAACUUCAGGAAUGGGUGACAGCUACGGAUAUUAUGAUCGUCCUCGACCGUCUCAACACCUUCGGCGACGAAGUCUUUGGUGACCAGCAGGUCCUCCGCUCCUAUUUCUACGCCGUUGCCGACGUCGCUGUAGGAGCUCGAUGCAAAUGCAACGGCCACGCUUCCGAAUGCAUCACUUCCACCGGAGUCGACGGCUCCAGAAGAAGGGUGUGUAAAUGUGAACACAAUACAGCCGGCCCGGACUGUAAUGAAUGCUUACCGUUCUAUAAUGAUGCUCCCUGGAAAAGAGCUACCGCUCGAGAUGCGCAUGAAUGUAAACAAUGCAAUUGCAACGGGUUUUCUAAUAGAUGCUACUACGACGAAGAAUUGUACCGAUUGACCGGACACGGAGGCCACUGCUUGGACUGCACAGCUAACCGAGACGGUCCCAACUGCGAACGCUGCCGGGAAAAUUAUUACAUGCGUGAAGACGGCUACUGUAUCGCCUGCGAGUGCAACGAGAAAGGCUCCCGGAGCCUCCAGUGCAACGCCGAGGGCAAGUGCCAGUGCAAGCCCGGAGUCACCGGAGAUAAGUGCGACAGGUGCGCUGUCAACUAUUACGAGUUUAGCGCCACCGGGUGCAAAAGCUGCGGAUGUUCGGAAGCCGGCUCUGUAAACAACGAGCCCAACUGUGAUCCCUACACUGGAGUUUGCUACUGCAAGGAAAACGUCGAAGGGAGAAGAUGCAGGGAGUGCAAGCCCGGCUUUUUCAAUUUAGACAAAGAUAACGAAUUCGGGUGCACUCCGUGCUUUUGUUACGGACACUCUUCCGAGUGCUACUCUGCGAGAAAUUACGCCAAGCAUUUAAUAGACUCGGUAUUUUCAAGAAGUACCGAACGGUGGCAAGCUGAAGAUGAGUAUGGUCGAGAUGUGGAAAUUGAACACGUUCCUUUAGCGCACAGUAUUAAAGCUGAAGCACGAGGUGACGAGACUGUUUACUUCUUGGCAAAUGAAAGGUUUCUGGGCGAAAGGAGGUUCUCCUAUAACCAACUCCUGCAGUUCAGUCUUUGGAUAGGUGACUACGAUCGGCCUAUACCCACCGCUACUGAUAUUAUCCUGGAAGGAGGGGGAGCGUCGGUCACCAACACCAUUUUCGCGCAACAAAACAAAAUUCCAACAAACACGAAACAAAAGUACAGUUUCCGUCUCCAUGAGCACCCCAACUACGGCUGGCAACCCCGCCUCUCAGCCCGCGCUUUCAUGUCCCUUUUAGACAACAUCACGGCCAUCAAAAUUCGCGCAACCUACGCCCCUCAAGGUGUCGGUUUCCUCACCGACGUGAAGCUCGAGACAGCGGCCCAAAAAGUGGCCGGUCCUCCUGCUCUUUGGGUCGAACAGUGCGUCUGCCCCAACGGCUACGUGGGCUACUUCUGCGAGUCGUGCAAGCCCGGCUACCGCCACUUUCCUUCACUUGGAGGCAGAUUCAUGCCUUGCAUUCUUUGCGACUGCAACCAACACGCGCAAAUUUGCGACUCCGAGACCGGACGAUGCAUUUGUGAGCAUAACACAGCCGGCGAAAAUUGCGAGUUUUGUGCCAGGGGAUACUAUGGAAAUGCCCUCGGAGGCACUCCCGAUGACUGCAAACCGUGUGGGUGCCCCGAUGGCGGUGCUUGUAUCCAAGUGGAUGAGGAUAUAAUUAUGUGUACGGAGUGCCCGGUGGGUCAUACGGGACAUAAGUGCGACUCUUGUUCAGAUGGGUACUUUGGGGACCCCACGGGGAGGUUUGGGCCGAGACAGCCUUGCACUCAGUGUGACUGUAACUUGAAUAUUGAUCCAAACGGCAUCGGGAAUUGUAACACGACCACGGGAGAGUGUUUGAAGUGUAUCCAUAAUACAGGGGGGCCUAAGUGUGAAGUGUGUUUGCCGGGGUAUUACGGUAAUGCCUUGGCGUUGCCAAAAGGGGACUGUCAGCCGUGUGAGUGUAACCCAGCAGGAACUGAAUCGAAUGGAGGGUCAAUCGAGUGUGAUCGGAUCACUGGGUCGUGUCAUUGCAGACCUCAUGUUAUUGGCAGGAAUUGUGAUCAGUGUGAGGAUGGAUAUUUCAAUUUGAGGAGUGGAGAAGGGUGCCAUUCUUGUAACUGUGAUCCUAUUGGUUCCUAUAACCAGACAUGCAAUGUAUACACUGGGCAGUGUUUUUGUCGACCGGGAAUUACAGGUCUUCGCUGUGACCACUGUGAGCCUUUCAAAUACGGAUUCUCUUCCGAGGGCUGCAAGGAAUGCGAGUGUGACAAAAUCGGUUCGAGAGACCAUCAGUGCGAUCCUUCUGGACAAUGCCCGUGUUUGGAUAACGUUGAAGGACGCAGAUGUGACCGAUGCAAGGAAAACAAAUACGACCGGCAAAGAGGCUGUAUCGACUGUCCUGAAUGUUACAACUUAGUCCAAGACGCGUCAAAAGAACACCAAGAAAAACUCUCAAAACUCAGCGACAUUCUUGAUGAAAUCGAAAGACGGCCAACUGUUAUAGACGAUGACGAAUUUCCAACAGAACUGGAAAAACUCCAAACCAACAUUGAUGCUUUCCACGAAAAAGUGAAGAAUGCGACUGGAGAGAACAGUAUCAUCCAACAAGUCCGCGACAUAAGAAACCGAGAGAAAGAAAUAUCACGGACACUUUCCGCCAUCGACGAAAAUGUCUAUCUCGCCAACGAAAAAGCCACCGCCGCUGAGCACAACAUCGAAAACACUGACAAUCUUUUAGCCGAAACUGAAGACAAGUUGAACGAUGCAUUCGAAGAUCUGGACGUUCGUGGAAGAAAAGCUCUAGACAGUGCAUGGAAGCGGGCCCAGAUUGUAGGUCAACAAUCCGAUCGGAUGACCCAAAUUGCCCACGAAGCUCGGGAAAUUGCCGACCAACUUGAUGCCGACGCGGACGCUCUAACCCAAAAAGCCAACGAGGCUAAGAACAAAUCGAACGAAGCUUACGAAAUUGCCAAAAACGCCAUCAGAAAACAAAAUAAUGUUAGCGAAACGGAAAGACAAAUACGAUCAGAACUAGUAAAUACCGAAAUCAAACUCAACAAAACCAAGGAAUGGACUCAGGAAGUCAGCGACAGAGCGCGAGAAACGAAGAAAGACGCUUUAGCUUUGCUAAACGAAGUCACUAAUUUAGUCAUUCCCGAAAUUGACAUUCCGAAACUUAAGGAAAAAGCGAAGAGAGUCAAACAAGAGGCUUUGCAGUUGCGAAACGACACCAAUAAGAUUCUUUCCGAGAGUAAUAAACUGUUGGUGGAGAUUGACGAACAGUUGUUCAGAGGGCGCGAACAACUUGAUCGUGCUAAUAUUCAACAAGACGAUACUGCCGAUUUGUUGCAGGAAAUAUAUUUGUAUAAAAGUCACGCCGAAGCUGCCGUUAAGAUGGGCAACAACAUUUUGAACUCGACCAAAGAAACGUACAAAAUUUUGACACAUUUCGAUAAACAGGUGCAGGACAGUAGAGCCGCCUCCGAAGAGGCGUUAAAGGAAGUCGAUGAAAUCCAAGAGAUGAUUGAUGAUGCGUUCGACAAGGCUACAGAUGCGGAACUGACGCUUCGGGAAGCCAAAGGCAAUGCUGAUGCAGCGCUGAAGAGGGCACUCCAAGCGAACGAACUUGCCAAAAACGCCUCAGCUAACGCCGAAAAUAUCAAAAACGACGCCGAUUUGCUGUUCCAGAACGCCUCAGGCUUGAACGAAGAAGCGGAUUUGAUGGCUGAUCGAGUGGAGGCGACCCAGUCGGCUUUACGGACCCUUAUUCAGGAAACGAGGUCGAAUGAUACGCUGAUCAACCAAGCCAAAGAAAAAGUCGGACGGGCUGGUAAAGAGACUGAAGAAGUGUCGAAGAAAGUCAGCGACUUGACGAAGAAUGUGCAAAGUAUUUUAGCCGAAUUGGGGAAUUUGCCACAAAUUGAUGACAACGAGUUGGACGUAUUGGAGAAGGAGCUGCGGAAGGCUGAAGAAAAAGUCAAUGAAGCUAAACUUGACGAGAAACUGAAUGACUUGCGGGAGAAACAAAAGGGACAGAACGACUUGAUUAAUUUUUACAAGACGCAAAUUGAUCAACUGCAGAGGGAAGUUGAGAACGUUGAACAAAUAGCGAAGGCGCUUCCUGAUGGCUGUUUCAAGCGACUCGAACUUGAACCUUAAAUUCGUUCAGAUACUUAUCCUUGUAGAUUUAGGUUAUAUACUAUAUUUUUUCAUAGUUUUUAAUACCAAAGAUUCUAUCACAAUUUUACACUAAGAUAUUUUUAUUACGUAGUUUCAUUACUGCCAUAUUUUGUGUUCUAAAAGUGUUAAGUAUACUCAAUUCUUUGUUGUAAAUAUUGUGUAUAAUUUGGAACAAUAAAAUUUCAAUUUUAUUGGAUUUUGUCUUUCGCCGAAACCGGUGCAUUGUACUUUUAUUAAAUCCUUAUCAGUAGAUUACGAAUCUUGUGCAAACAGCGUUGUAUUUAUAUUACUAUUAGUUUGCAACACGACACAGAAAUGGGUACAUUGAUAUGGAUUUUUUGUUGCAUCUAUUUUUGUGCUGUUGGUGCUGCAAAGAACAGUAAACUCGAACAACAAAAGUGUUAUCAAAGUGUAAACAUUAGCUAUGAUGAAUUAACUCGACUUAUCGAUCUCUUUAAUUCAUCAUCUUCUUCGGUUAACGUUUCUAAAAUAUAUGACCUGAAUAAUCUCGAAAAAAAUAUCAAUGAAUUGCAGACAAUAGAGGAAGAAACGAGAAAACUGAAAGUGAAGCAAGAUAACAUUCUUACAAAAUUAAAUGACACAGAACAAAGUAUAAAAAAAGAUCAAAACUUGGUCGAUGAAAUAUUGCAAGAGUUGUUAAAUUUUUCAAACUAUAACAGUUCAGUUAAUGAAAUUUUGAAUGAGGCCGAAAAAUACAAAAACAAAAUUGAAGACUCGGUUAGGAUUGGGAGAAAUGUAUCUGAAGUGUGCCACCAAGGCCUAAACAAAUACAAAGAAUUUGAAAGUGUUCUAAAUGGACUUGUGAAAAGUUAUAAUGAUGUUGGUAAAAUAUACGGUGAGGAAAUGAAUAGAGCCAAGAUUGUAAAUGAAAGGGUGGAUCAAAUACUCAAAGAAACAGAAAAUGUGAAAAAAUAUUUUGACGAGAUUAAACUUCCUGUAAAUCUGGUUGAAAAUUACAUAAAUGACUCGGAAGAAAGAUUGAAACAUAUUAUCGAAUAUUUGAGAAAUAAUACGAAUGUACUAAAGGAGCUUUUAGAAGAUUCAAGUAAAAAGUUCAAUCAACAGUUGAUUAAUAAUGGAAAAGCGGUAGCAAAAAGUAUUUCAAAUAUUGAAAAUAAUGUCAAUGAAAUGAAUAUAGAAUUAAACAAAUAUGAAAACACUUUUACAAAAACAGGAUUUCAGCCUACAGUUGAUAAACAGUCGGAGAAAUUACUCCGUGACAUAAAUGAUGAGCUGGCGAAUUUGGAAAAGAUAUUCGACGAUAUUGAUUUUACUGAAGAUGAGAAAAAAACUAUAUUAAAGUAUGACACAAGAAAAUAUUUAGCAGAUAUUAGAGAAAAAAAGUUGCUUCUAAAAGAAUACACGCAGAUUCUAGACGUUAUACCAAGUGACGAAGAAAUAAAAAAAACUAAAAAAGAAAUCGAAGACCUGGAGGUGGCUAUUGAAUCUACUGAAAAGCUACAUAAGCUUGAGUCUGAGUUAGAUGGUCUUAUAGAUGUUUCAGAACAAAUUAGAAAUACGUCUUGUAACGUGACUUCGGGGCUUCCCACAUAAUUGCAUAAAUAAACUUUAGCAAAUUUA